CUUAAAAGAGUCAUUUAAGGAUUUUGGCUGGAAAAUUAAAUAUAUAAAUAUGAUUUUAAACCAGAUUUACUAUGAAUUUAGAAAAAGUAUACAUACUGACUCCAUGAUGUACCAUACUUAAAAUUAUUUUGAAAGUUCAGUAUUAUUUUAUUGCAAGAUUAAAUCAAAUUAUAAUAGUAUUUAGUUUUUGUAUCUAUUCAAUGAGCCUUAAAGCAUUGUAACAGUUCUCCUGGGCUAAUAACAAAUUUUAAUUCAAUGUAUUUGAUUCUCUAUAAAGACAAAAAUUCUGUUUUUAUUACAUGCAAUUCUUAGUGGUUAAGCUUCUACAAGAUGAGUUAUAUUUUUAUAAUUAUAGAUAUUGAUUAGGAACAAAAAAAAUCAUAAAUCAAUAGGGCAGUGCACAAUUUGUUUCCUACAUGAGAAGAGCUAUUUAUAAAUUUACCAAUAUUAGCAGUUAUUAUUCUUAACACAAUACAUUAGAUGAUUAGUCCUCAUGUUACACAUGACACUGAGUGACAUUACAAUCGACUAGUCACCAAAGUGUAUUGAGGACACACACUACUUGACUACAACGUUGUGACCUAAGGAUAAUUCCCAACGCGUUUUCUUCAUCACAAUCACUACUAUGUUCCAAACCCCCACCGGUUCCCUGGAAACCACAUUCCAGUACCUCAGUCUGUGCGGCGUCUGUCCGAACACUCUCCGAGAUGACACCAUUCCUUGGACUAGAAAACUGUCCACCGCCAUCAUGGCCAUUUUCCCUGCCCACUACUUUGUCGAAAUGAUGUCCAUAGCCUACGAGAACUUGAAAGACAUAUCCACUUUCGUCACAAUCGUCGGGGCCAUUUUUGAAUGGACCAAUUUCGUCGUUGCGAUUCUGACGCCCCUGUACAAUGCCUCGUCACUCGUCAAGUUCUUCAAGAUCGUGGAGGACGCCCACCAGAGCAUCGCAUCUCUUGACAUCGCGCAAACGGUCGUGCCGAGCCACAAAGUCCAGCGUUACUACGUCUACGGCUGCUGUGUUAUCCCAGGACUGAUCACUAUGGCGGUGUACGCCCCCUACUACACUUUCUACACCGCUUUCACCAGCACUGCAAUGGUUGUCGCCACUGCUGCCACUCUCGUCAAACUCAAGCUGAUGCUGCUCCUGCUCGACAACAAGUUUGAGAUCCUCAACGACCACUUCAAGCAGGUGAGCGACCAAACCAUAGGAACCGCACAGGAUGACAAGCUCAAUGUCGACGACUUCAUAUCCAGGCUCCACCGCACCAAAUACAUCGUACCCAAGGAGAAGACUCUGAUCUCUGGUAUGACCGUAGACAAGAUUCACAAGUUCAACAGGUCCCACUUCCUGCUGUGCGACGCCCACAUGGUCAUCAACUCCAUGUUCUCCCAGGUCGGCCUCAUCAUGACACUCACCGUCAGCUACGUGUUCCUCAAGGCCUUCAUGAUCCCUGAGCACCUCAUGUACGGCUUUGGUUCCUACCACCUCUAUGCCUGUGCCUUUUUCACCAUGUACCUCUUCAUCUCUGUCCUUACAUCGGCAACUAACGUCAAAAACAAUGCUGACAAGACUGGCUACAUGAUCCAUGAACUGCUCACUGAAGAACUGCCUGCGGAUGUCGAUGAAGAGUUACAGCUUUUCUCCCACACCUUGAUCCAUCGGAAGAUUGGACUCUCUGCUGAAGGAUUCUUCAACAUAGACCUUAAGCUGGUUACGAAGAUGGUGUGCACCUUGGCUCCGCUCACGCUGAUCAUGGUCCAGCGCAAGAACAGAGCAAUCAGAGCUAUGGCAGGACAGGUGUGAGCCGUGACACAUCACGCAAGUUGGCACCACUUGUGCAGCUUACAUUACACGUUGUGUUCUCGUUAAAUAUGAAAGGUUUACAGCACUUAGUUAUAGAAAUGUCAUUACAACUUACACUUACUCAUUUUAAAUGAAGUUAUUUAAUACUGUUUUAUGUGCUACUAGUUUACUCAGAUACCAUAACCUAAAAGUACUUUUAUGUAAUAACUCAAUUCAGAAACAUUUCAAUUUUUUUUCUUAGAAGAGUAUUUUGAAGAGCCUCAUAGUCAUAUAAAACACUAGAAAAAUACUUACUCAAAUAAUUUUAACACAUAUUAUUUUAAACUACAGAGUAUAUGUAAACAUUCUCAUACAUUUCAGGUUAUGGCAGCUAUUUAAAUACGCAGCAGAGUAUUCAGAAACUUAUUUGAAGGGGAGAAUGGUUCAGGGGGAAAAGUGGAUGGAUAUUAUUAUUAAAAAUAAUGAGCAUAUAUAUACAGAGUGUUCAAAAAAAGGGUGUCACAAACUUCUGUGGCUGAUAGUACUCAUCAUUCCAAACAAAAUAAUGUCCCAUAUACAUAGUUUGAGAAAUGUGUAUUUUAGCCGCUAGCCACCAUUUUAUAUUUUAUAUUAAAAAAUAAUACCUUUAGAACUAGUAAAGCUAGAUAUACCAAACUUAGCAAUAGGUAAUAAUUAAUAAAAGGAAUCUUUGAAAAAUUGUUGGUGUUAUUUACUUUUAUACAAAAUAAUGUCUGUUGUUUUAAAGUCAAAUAACAAAAAAACCAGUAGAGUUAUAAAAAAUGUACAAACAGUACUUUGCUCAAUGAAAUCUGUCAACGCAUAAGUGAGCACGAUCACUUUUCAUGUAUGCUUGCCAAGUGUUGCAAUGACUUUGUCAGUUGAAGGGUAUCAGCUGUUUUGCAUCAGUUAUAAAGAAUUUACAAAAUGCUAACUAUUUUGCAAUAUUUAUAACAACUCCAAUGAUACUUUUUUCAACGAAAUCCGUCAAAGAAUAAGGGAGCACAAACACUUUAAAAGUACGCUUGCACAAGCCGGGAGCAACAAACAUCUAACAGUUGAGGGGUACCAGCUGAUUGUAAAGCAUGGCGCACACUGUAGACGCGCCGCGCCGCGCCGAACCGCGCCGCCUUUUGGAAAUAAUUCCAGCUUAAUAGUUUGCAUGUGUUCAAAUGGGAGUGCGCACACUAGAGCGCGCCGCG